AUGACUGAAAAUAGGAAUGGUGAUGGUGAUGGGCAAGAUAGACGCACUCUGGAGGAUUUCAAUACCUUCUCAGGGUCGUUUCAUUUCAAUAGUAUUAUUCGGCCACAGAUCAAUGCACCAAACAUGGAGGUGAAGCCUGCUCUCAUUCAUCUGGUGCAUAGCAAGCAAUUUCAUGGCCUGACACACGAAGAUCCAUUCAGCCUCACUUCAUGGGAUAAUGUGGUGGCAAAGUUUUGCAACAAAUACUUUCCUCAAUCCAAAGUAACCAAAGGGAAGCAAGAGAUCUCAUUUUUCCAGCAGGGUUUUAGUGAGACACUGAGUCAAGCUUGGGAAAGAUUCAAAGGGCUACUAAGGAAAACACUCACUCAUGGGUUUGACGAGCCCACAGUCUUGAACGUGUUCUUGGGAGGACUGGGUUCCCAAACUAAGUUGAUGUUGGAUGCCUCAACUGGAGGAAACAUCUGUUGGAAGACCCCAGAGGAAGCCCGAGAGCUCAUUGAAAACAUGGCUGCUAAUGACAAUGAAUCACAGAAUGAGAGGGGGCAACAAAGAGGUGUCUUACAACUCCAGUCUCAUGAUGCCAUCUUGGCCCAAAAUAAACUCAUGACCCAACAGCUUGAAAUUCUCAUGAAUAAAGUCUCACAGUUGAAAGAGCACCAAAAUGUGUCACACGCCCAACAUCAAGGAUGUGCACUGUGUGGUGAAGAGCAUAUAAGUGGCCAGUGUGUGAAGCAAGGCAUUACCCAAGAAGGUGUAAACUACAUGGGUAAUCAAAACCGGCCAAACAAUUACAACCAAGGUUGGAGACCCCAUCCUAGCAUGGGCCAAGGGCAAGCUGGGCCAUCAAACAGACCACCACAUCAACAAUACCAACCUCACUCUGCUUGUGCUGAACGAUCCUCUAUGUUGGAAGACAUUCUCCAACAGUUUAUGCAAGUCUUCAUUUCUAAUCACAAAAGCACUAGAGCUUCCAUCAGAAACUUGGAGAUUCAAAUGGGCCAACUUGCCAAGAAGUUGGAAGAGAAAUCUGAUAAGGAUUUUGGAGCCAAUACAGAAGCUAACCCAAAGGAAGAGUGUACAAUUAUCACCACUAGAAGUGGUAAGGUGUUAGUUGAAAAAGUGAGGGAGGACAAAGAAAAGAAAAAUGAGGAAGUGGAGAGACAGAGUGGAGAGAAAGGAUAA